AUUUUUGUUAUUAUGGUGUGCUGGAUGGUCUGCCCUCUCAAUUCUGGAAAACUAAACAUUUUAUUUUAGAGUCUAACUUAUCUUUCUACUGUUUGUUAUCUGUGACUUAUACGCAAGCGUCGAAAGCAAAGUAAGCAACAUGGCGCAGUACAAAGGAGCUGCCAGUGAGGCUGGGAGAGCCAUGCAGCUGAUGAAAAAACGAGAAAAAGAAAGAGAGCAGCUUGAACAGCUGAAACAGAAGAUAGCAGAGGACAACAUGGUCAAAUCCAACAUUGAUAAGAAAUUCUCAGCUCACUAUGAUGCUGUAGAAGCAGAACUGAAGUCCAGCACAGUGGGUCUGGUCACACUGAAUGAUAUGAAGGCCAAACAGGAGGCGCUGGUGAAGGAAAGAGAGAAACAACUGGCGAAGAAGGAGCAGUCGAAGGAACUCCAGCUAAAACUUGAAAAGCAGAAAGAGAAGAAGAGAAAGGAGGAACAGAAGAGGAAAAUAGCCAGUUUAUCAUUUAAUCCUGAAGAUGAAGGGGAAGAUGAAGAGGACAAUGAAGAGGAAGAGCAGGAUUAUGCUUCAGUUAAGAAGAAGAAACUGGGGAAAAAUCCUGACGUGGACACAAGUUUCCUUCCUGAUCGAGACAGAGAGGAGGAGGAGAAUCGUCUCAGAGAAGAACUCCGGCAAGAAUGGGAGCUAAAACAAGAGAAGAUUAAGAGUGAAGAGAUAGAGAUUACAUUUAGCUACUGGGAUGGAUCUGGGCACCGUAAGACUGUCAAGAUGAAGAAGGGCAAUACCAUCCAGAACUUUCUGCAGAGGGCCCUGGAGGUGCUCAGGAAGGACUUUAGUGAACUCAGGUCUGCUGGAGUAGAACAGCUGAUGUACAUCAAAGAGGAUCUGAUAAUCCCACAUCACCACAGUUUUUACGACUUCAUCGUGACCAAAGCCAGAGGCAAAUCUGGUCCCCUUUUCAGCUUUGACGUCCACGAUGAUAUUCGACUGGUGAACGAUGCCACAGUAGAGAAAGAUGAGUCUCAUGCAGGUAAAGUGGUGCUGAGGAGCUGGUAUGAGAAGAACAAGCACAUCUUCCCCGCUAGUCGCUGGGAGCCAUAUGAUCCUGAAAAGAAAUGGGACAAAUAUACGAUCCGGUGAAACAGCAGUUCAUACUCUCUGGAAGCCUUGAUCCGAACAUUUUAUUGUUAAUUUCCAUCAUCUUUUUCUCUGUUAUAACAUCUUUCAUCAAAGCUUUAUCAAGCUUUGAUAAACCAUUGAUUCAUGAUUUUACUUUUUUGAAUAUAGAUACAAUUUCCCACACGUAUUUGAAUUGCCAAUGCAAUGUUUCCUUUGAAAACAACCCCACAUUUAUAUGUAUAUUGCUCAUAAACGUGUUGUAACAUCUGUGUUGAAUAAAAUAAACCAGGUUAUGACUCGCUGGA